AUGCAUAAAUAUUAUCGUUUGGUUCUUCCUUUUUCUCAAUUUCUUUCUUUCUUUUUCUUUCUUCCUUUCUUUCUUUUUGUUUCUUUCUUUAUUUUUCUUUUCCUUUCUUUCUUUUUUUCUUUCUUAAUUUUUUUUUUCUUUCUAUUUUCAUACUAUGGUUAUGUUGUCUUUCUACGUUUUCCUGCCCACUUUUCCCUUCUUUCUUUCUUUCUUUCUUUCUUUCUUUCUUUUUCAUUAAUUACUUCUUUCUAUUUUCUUACUCUUCUUCUUUCUUUUGUCGUUAUUCGUUACUUCCUUUUUAUUUCUUUCCUUUUCUUUUCUUUUUUAUUCUUUCUUUCUUUCUUUCUUUUUCUUUCUUUAUUUCUUUCUUUCUUUCUAACCUUUUGCUUUCUUCUUCCUUUCUUACUUCCAGUUCUUUCUUUCUUUCUUUCUUUCUUUCUUUCUUUCUUUCUUUCUAACCUUUUCAUUUCUUUUUCUCUUUGUUACUUCUUAGGCCCACCAUCUAUCUGUCUACGAAGGUGCGGGUUAGUAAAGCUGUUUCCAGCCGGGAAAAGCAGAAUAGGCGAACCCAGUUCAAAUUGGGGAUGUCUGUGGUGA